AUGCAGGUAAUCAACAUCUCAAGCAACUUGUUCACAGGAUACUUUCCAUCCACCACAUUGGAGAGCAUGAAGAAUCUGGCAUCUCUCAAUAUGAGCAACAAUAGCUUCAGUGGGGAAGUUAUGAGCACGAUAUGUGUUGACAAGCCAUUCUUUGUGGUUCUUGACCUUAGUUACAAUCAAUUCCAUGGUAGCAUACCCCCAGAGCUUGGUAAUUGCUCUAUGUUGAGAGUGCUUAAGGCUGGACAGAACCAACUCAGUGGGGCCCUCCCAGCUGAUCUCUUCAACGCUACCACACUCGAGCACCUCUCUUUCCCUAACAACCGUUUGCAAGGAACACUUGUUCCUGAGCAUGUAGUCAAACUCAUCAAUUUAGUGACCCUUGAUCUUGGUGGGAAUGGGCUAUAUGGCAAGAUCCCAAAUUCUAUUGGGCAGCUCAAGAGACUGGAGGAGCUUCACUUAGACUACAACAACAUGUCUGGAGAGCUACCGUCAGCUCUGAGCAAUUGCUCAAAUCUAACAACCAUCAUCCUCAAGAGCAACAACUUCCAAGGAGAGCUCACAAAUGUCAACUUCUCCACCCUUUCUAAUCUAAAAAUUUUGGAUUUUAGGUCAAACAAGUUCACCGGCACAGUUCCAGAGAACAUCUACUCUUGCAGCAACCUUAUUGCAUUGCGACUAUCUUUCAACAACCUCCAUGGUCAAUUUUCAUCGAGAAUAAGCAAUCUCAAGUCCCUCAAAUUCCUAGCGCUUUCUCAUAACAAUUUUACAAAUAUCACAAAUGCUCUUCAGAUCCUCAGGAGCUCAAGGAUACUCUCUGUCUUGAUAAUUGGGGGCAACUUCAAGCAUGAGACCCUUCCAGACUAUGAUAUAUUUUAUGGCUUUGAGAAUCUUAUGGGUCUUGCCAUAAAUGACUGCUCACUGCAUGGGAGAUUACCUAACUGGUUGUCAAAGCUCAAAAAGUUGGAAGUGUUACUUUUAGAUAACAAUCAACUCAGUGGGCCGAUACCACCCUGGAUUAAUAGCCUGGAGUUCCUUUUUUAUCUAGAUAUAUCCAAUAACAACCUUACUGGGGAAAUACCAGCAGAAUUAAUGGAGAUGCCAAUGCUUAAGUCAGCCCACUUAGACCCAAUAAUCCUUAAGUUGCCUGUUUAUGUGACAUCAGUACUUCAAUAUCGAACUUCUAGUGGUUUCCCUAAAAUGCUGAAUCUAGGCAACAAUAAAUUCACAGGUACAAUACCCCCAACGAUUGGUCAGUUACAAGCACUCACUUCACUCAACUUGAGCUUCAACAAGUUCUAUGGGCACAUCCUGCAAUCAAUCGGCAACCUCACUAAUCUGCAGGUGCUAGACUUGUCCUACAACAAUCUGACAGGUGCAAUCCCUUCUGCACUGGAGAGGCUUCACUUCCUUUCCGAAUUCAACAUUUCUCACAAUGAUCUAGAAGGGCCUCUUCCAACCGGAGGUCAAUUCAGCACAUUUCCCGAUUCUAGCUUUGUUGGAAACCCAAAGUUGUGCAGCCCUACACUGAUACACCAUUGUGGUUCAGAAGAUGAAGUUCCAAUCUCCAUUAUCUCUACAAAACAAUGGAUCGACAAGGUCACCUUUGUGAUUACCUUUGGUAUGUUCUUUGGGGUAGGAGUGCUAUAUGACCAGAUGGUUUUAUCCAGAUACAUCUAUUUUGGCCGAAUCUACUUCAACUGA